AUAAAGGCUGCUGAGCUCUAUGGGCCAAGCUCAUAAAGCGAAGCUGAGAUGGACGAUUUUCUAAAUGCUGCUGGAGGGCUGGCUAUCCCCAAGAAGCCAAGGAAGAAGUCAAAGACUUCGAAUGUGGCAGACAAGGGGGCAACAGAGAAAGAACGUCUGUCCAGCACUUCUGCUCGAGCUCUGGAGAUGCAACAAAGGCCAGAGCCUAUGAGGAGGAGCAACGAAGAAGUGAGCGAGGAGGUGGCGCCACUUCAAAGGAAGAAAAGGAAGGUGGCAGAACCAGAAGCUAGGAGGGAUGAGGCGGUUGAGUUCGUGCCUCGGCCUCCCCCUGUUGAAGUUGAUCCUGAAGUCAGGGAGAGGGACGAGGUCGAGGAGCGAGGCCCUGGCAAAGGCAAGGAGCUCAUCCCUCCACCUUCAUUCCAGAAGAGCUUAUUCGAUGCAACCAAUAUCACUGAGGCGAAGCGGUUUCUGAAACUCUUCCAGAGGUGGAUAGGAGGCAGGCGAGGGAAGAGGCACUGGGUAAACGCUCUAGUGCAGGAGUAUGCAGAGAGCGUGAGAGAUCGUGCCAGCUUGCAGAGGCAGUGUGAGGAGCUGCAGAAGGAGAAGGAGGAGCUACAGAAGAAGAACAAGGAGAUGCAGGGGAAACUGGAUGAGCUUGAUGCUCAAGACAAGUAUAUCGAGAAGAUGAACCAAGGGAUGGUGGAGCUGAAAAAGAAUGUGGAGCUGCUGGUUCACAACGGGAUGGAGGAGCAUAUUGGCAACUUCCUCAACUCUAGCAUCUUCGAGAACAUCAUCAACUUCUACCGGCUGCCGACCGUAAUUUUGACCUUCACCGACUGUAGAAAGAAGGUGAAGGCUCAAUAUCCCGAAGUGGACGUCACGACAGUCACCUUCGGCGAGCAAGAAAAAGGGGUAGAGGAGGAUGGUGAAAGUCUUUCUGCUGACUUCCGACCUCUAAUCAAGUUGAGGUGGGAGCGUGACGCAGAGGGACGCACUAUCUUCCCUCCAGCCUUUGAUGCUGAGCUGGUGGCCGUAGAGGAAGAGGAAGGAGGGCAAGAUGCUGAACUAGCUCCUCCUGAAGCAAAAGCGCCACCUCUGCCUGUUGGGGAUGAGCCACCUCAACCACCUCUUCUUGUUGAGGAGCAGCCUCCUCUCUCAGCAGAUUAGCUUAGGAUUUUAUAUUUUUUAGUUAUAUUUGUAAUGAACAUUUUUGUAAUUGAUUUUUCACUAAGUUAUAAAAAAUUUUGAAGUUAUUUUUGGUGUUCAGUGUUGAUUUCUGAUUGCUGUUUUAUUUUAAGCAAAUCACUUCGGAUAAAAUAAAGUGACUUUAAUUAA